AUGUAUAAGGUACAUUUAUUAGAAUUGGAACAAAAUCAACGAUCUACAAUGAAAACGAACGGACGAUCGGACUACAUCUGUGUCAUAACGUACGAAUUUUCCGGCGGGAAGUUUCAUGAAGUACCCUGUUUCAACGAUAGUUAUUCUUGGAUUAUAAUACAGAGAAGAUACGACGGAUCUACGUCAUUUUACAGAAAUUGGACAGAUUAUGAAAAUGGGUUCGGGUCUGCUAGAUCAGAAAUAUGGUUAGGUAACCAAUACAUCCAUGAACUAACAACUGUCGGAUAUAACAUUCUGAGAAUUGAGCUCACUAGCUUUACUGGGGAAGUGAAAGAAAUAGAAUAUGACUUUAGCAUAGAAGACAAAGCCAACAACUACAGACUUCAUAUUUCCGAACGUGGAGCUUCUGACCUAAAUAGUCUAGCAAACAGCAACCUUGCACUGUUCAGUACGUAUGACAAUGACAACGAUAAUAUCAGAUCGACAAACUGUGCAGAAUUAUCGGAAUGUGCAAGUGGUUGGUGGCACUCAAAAGCUGCAUGGUGCACCGAUGGUAACCUAAAUGGGAUAUAUAGGGACCAGUAUAUGAACUAUCACCAGGGAAUUUAUUGGUUUGAAUGGGACGGACAGUGGACUCUUAAAGAGACAAAAAUGAUGCUAAGAAAACAAUAA